AUGAGCUCCCGGACCCUGCAAGCCCCUCGCCGAAGCUUUGCAGUUUCUUCGGUCGCGAGGAUGCCCGAUUUGAUUCAGGACAUGUAUCUGAAAGAACUACGAGCAUACAAGCCACCACCGUCAAAAGCCUCUGAUGCCGAAGGGCACGUCCAGAAGUUCACCCCGCCAGCCACUCCCAAGUCACCAGAAGAGGCCAAUCUGGCGAAGGAAAUGAAGGAAUAUGAGGACCAGGUGGUUGAAAUCGAAGGCCAAAGUGCGACCGGAGAAACACAGGCUGAGGAGGAUUUUUUUGAGAACAUUGAGGAGGAUGACGAUGAGCCGGCACACCAUUAA